GCACAAGCAAUCGCAGAUGGAAUAGAAAAUCGUCAAUUCCAUACUGCAGGGCACCGUCGAGAGUCGCAGCGCGUACGGAGAGGAAGACGAGACGGCCACACGACACGAGCUUCGUACGGCGAUCAAUGCAGUCAGACGCCGAUUAAUGCACCAUGGCACCGCGGUCGUCCUCAGUGACUUCCCCAUCCUCACACUCAUUCUGUCAAGCGCACUUUCCCAAGGCCGAAGGUCCCUCAAAUCUAGGACAUGUCCGCGCUCUACCUCUACGACCGCGCGGUGUUGGUCCUGUCUUCGACAAGGUCCUCGCUGCUCAACCCAUCGCCGAAUUCGAUUCCGAGGUCCACGCACUCAACUAUGCCAAUGGCGAUAGCGUUGUUACCCCCUGCCAGCCGGAUGACUUUCAAGACGCCUACCUGAUGCCUUCGUUGACCGAGCACGAACGCCUACGUCUGACUCUCCUCUGGUACUACACGCACACGAACAAGAUGAUGGAAGACGAGGAGUUUUUGUUGGCUCUACAGCAGAAACUCGACCUGGUUCAGAGCUUCAUGGGUUGGGACUUUGCAAUCAUGGGCUUGCUCAGUGAGGAUUUGUUCACACGUGUCGCGACCGCCGGUCUGCCUCUCGCUGUACUGCCUCGUCGCGAAAGUACCUGUUCGCACACCGUCAACCAACCUCCCGGCACUGUCUUUAUGCUGCCCAAUAUGGCUAGCGAUUGGCGCUUCAAGCACUCUCCGCAUGUGGCCCAAGGUGGUCUGCGUAGCUAUGCCGGUGCCACGCUUCGCUGCAAGGCCGAUACUGGAGAGCAAGUCGCUCUCGGGAGUCUUUGCAUUGCCUCCAAUUCAGAACAGCCUCCACUAUCCGACACGCAGCAGAAUGCCUUGAUUCGCUUCGCUGAUAUGAUGACGGGUGAGAUUGUAGCUCGCGCAAGAGAAUCUCGCAGACGACAACGACAGAUCAUGGCCGACCUUAUCGCCGAAACACAACAGUACAAGACCCCUGACGACGUCAAGAAUCACGUCUUCACUAUUCUUGGUCGUGUCUAUCCCGAUGCCUCCAUUGACUUUCAGGAAGCCUCUGUCAAUGACGCCAUUAUCCUGCCUGAUCAUGCCCCAAUCUACUCGAGCGAUCUUCGAGAAGGACUCUGGGAAGAUUCUAAGCUGGUCGAACAUUUGAUCGUGACUCAAAAUCAUGCUCAACUCACGUCAGAGUCCACAAUACGUGCAAUCGCACACCCGUGUCAAAGGAUACCCACUACCCGAUAUCUCGUCGUUGCUUCCAAGAAUGUUCAGUUAGUCUUUGACGAUGUCGACUCCUGGUUUGUCGAGAAAUGUGCAAGCUUAAUGGCACAGUGCGUUCAAGAAAGUCGUCUCAAGGAGGCACUUACAGCCAAAGAUGCCUUCUUACGUGGUAUAACCCAUCAGCUCCGAACACCCAUUCAUGGCGUUUUGGGCUCAUGCGAGCUGCUGUUCGAAGAAUUGGCCAGCCGAGAUAUGCUUUCCGCUGGGAUCUCUGGGCUAAAUCCUUCUUCUGUCCUCGGAGCCAUCAGAGACUCUGGUCGAGAGCUCAUGUCCACCGUCAAUAAUAUGCUGAAGCUGAAUCGCUGGGCAGAGGAGACGGGCGGAUCCAUACAACCUGCUUCAUUACUAAGCCUCAAUCUGAUUGAAGCCGAGAUUAUCUAUGAAGUGCAGCAAUCAAUACCCGAGCAUGAACUUUCAGAAAUCAGCAUCAUGUUCGAAAACAGACUCGGAAUGGAUGGAACCAUGGUUGUCAUGGACCUAUCUUUGUUAAAAGAGUGUCUUCAGGCGCUCGUCCAGAAUGCUUUAUCAUACACUGAUGCUGGAGCUGUCAUUGUCGUUAUCAAAAAGUCCAGCGACUACACAAGGCUGAUCAUCGAUAUCAAGGAUACUGGACGAGGCAUCGCUCUCAAAGACCAAUCACGCAUAUUCGAAGCGUACGAGAAGGUCGACACGCACACUAGGGGAGCAGGUCUCGGUCUGACAUUGUCUGCAAAGAUUGCCAAGGCCAUGAACGGCACAGUGACUCUGGUAACAUCCGAACAAGGUACGAGUGACCAUGGAUCGAUGUUUCGCGCUGAGUUUCUCCAGCCUGGUUUUGCUUGUCCCUUGGCACGUCUGGUGCCCUUCGAUGCGGCACUCAAAGACAUACCAAGGAGAUUUCACGUUGUACCGCCAUUGUCACAACGUCCAGAACUUGUAUACCACUUUGCAUCAUACCUCGGCCAUCAUGGUUUCGAGGACUCUUCAAACCCGGACGAUUGUUUUAUUAUCCUGACCUACACGCCCGACGCGGAUGAGUUUCGGCGCCACGUUUCGAAAAUUGAUCCACGACAAGUCGCAGUGUGUCUUGUUCCAGCUGGCGCGAGUACUGAAAAACUGCAUGGCGCACACGAGGUCCGCUUCUUCUCAGGACCUUUCUUGACGUCACGCUUGGAGGAAAUAGCCAAAGAGCUCAACUCUGUCUACACACGACUCCACGCCGACCCCGAAGCUGGCGAGACGGCAACAGGACUUGCAAAUCGUGAAGACGCUCAUCGUACUUCUGGAACGGACGAUGACCUUGAUUCAGCAGAUGCACAGCCAAUGGCUCUGCUGGUCGACGACAAUGUUGUCAACCUACGCAUCAUGCGUAUGUACUGCGAAAAACGCAAGAUCCAAUAUUCCACCGCCAUGGACGGUAAAGAAGCAGUCUCUGUAUUCGAAAAGUCCCUCAAAACACAUCCCAUCAAUCUCAUUCUCAUGGAUCUUCAAAUGCCUGUCUGCGAUGGCAUUGAAGCGACACGACAAAUCCGAGAAAUGGAAAAUGAAAAGGCAUUACCAAGAGCGGCACUAUUUAUUGUUACUGGUCAGGACAGCGCGGCAGACAAGCAGAAUAGCUUCGAAGCUGGCGCUGAUGAGUUCUUUGUCAAGCCACUGGGGUUGAAGACGUUGGACAAGGGCAUCAAGGAGUACUUCCCGGCUGUUGCGCUUGGGAAGAAGAGUGCUGCGAGUAAAGCAUGAAAGGGUUCACGACCGAAAGCAUUGAUUAAGCAUGAUAAAGAGGAGUUCUUUGGCGCAUUUCCAGGAACGUGAAGGUCAUGUUAGAGAUAUCGGAGUCGCAUAUAUGGCCGGGAUCUUGUGGGAUAGGUAGUCGAUACAUUGUUUGACUGAUUAUUGGUUCUCGUUUGGCGUGUUGGGUAUGCACCCGAGGUCCUAGAGCGCGCUACUGUCCAUAAACAGGAAGUACAUAUAUGAAGUUGGUUCUAAUCGACACGAUGAACAGAGGCACGUAUACGCGCGCUCUUUGAUUUGCAUUUCGUCAAACCAUCCAGAACACCAGCACUUUGAAAAAUUGAACACUCCGGUGUCUUUUUGACGCCACGAGGACAUUGCGCGCGGUGAGUUUCCAACUCUCGAGGUCGCUCGGCCAC